AUGGCAGAAGAAUGCUCUUCCAGGAAUGACUGUUCUCAGGAAAGUAGGCAAGCUGAAGAGAAGAAGCCGGUCCAAGUGGAGAAUGCUGCAGGGACAGGGAGUGAGUUUGAUGGCACCGACAGUGACGAGAAGAAAAAUAUUCCGUUAGCGAAAAAAAGCAGAAAACGAAAGUAUGAACGCAUAUGGGCCAUUGCUUGCUUAGACAAUUGGUAUAAGGGAGGCUGGAGGAGGAACGGAAAAAAAAGUUUGGAAGGUGCCGAUUUGAGGGAGAAGUAUCCACUUUGUAUACCUGUGAGUGUAGAGAAGGAUGCAGGGAGUGAUAUUCCGGACAUUAACAUGAAGAAAUUCCUUAUCCCUUCUGAUAUGCGUCUUGGAAAAUUUGUUCAGUUUUUACGGGGUAAUAUCAGAAGGCCCAUGUUUGUCUUUUUCAAGAACACUACUCAACCUCCCACUGGUGUCUUGAUGUCUGCAAUCGAUGAGGAAAAUAAGGAUAACGAUGGAUAUCUUCACGUGAUCUACAGUGGGAAUGAUCAUUUGAGUGGAUUGUUUGGAGAGCUCAAGUUAUCUUCAUAG